AAAAAAUCAUAUAAAUUAUAAAAAUUGCAAAAUACAUUAGAAAAGGAUUAAGGGCUGACCAUGUCUGUAUUACCUCGUGGUUACGAAUGUCAUCGACCAGCACCAAGAUAUGGAUACGUGAAAGGAGAAUAUAGCAUCUACUACAAGAGACCACGUUACGGGCAACCUCGGCCACAGCCAUUUCAAAGAGAAACCGCGCCGUACUGUGGAGGACCUAGUAAUGCACCAAGAGAAAGACCCUGUUGCUACGAUUACCCAUGCAAAGCGGAUUGUUUUAAUCACGGAGCAGUCACCAGGCCAAGCGGCAGAUACGCGAGGACUGUCUGGUAUCCAGGCGAGUGUUGUCCGGUGGUGCCACCUUGCCAAGCUUUCACCUGUCCUAAUCCACCAUAUCACCCUUGUUGUGUGUCCACGGUCAAUAAGUUUGUUUAAAAUUGGAACGUUAUUUAAAUGCUAAGAUGUUAACCGUUUGUUUAACGACUACAAACAUCGUCCAUAUAAGUUUUAAGUCGCAUGUGAUUUGUAUACGGUGUCGUAAUAAAUGUCGCCAAUUGAUUUAAGAUA